CCCGGUGCCGCCGCCGCGACCCCCGGAGCCCCCCCCCCACCCCCCCCCGGGCCCCCCGAGCCCUCGGGGCCGUGCGGGGCCCCCCCCCCGCCCCUCACCGGCGACACGAUGGUGACGAUCCUGAGCACGGUGGAGGCCCAGGCUCCCAGCGCCGCGGGGCCAUCGGGCUGCGGCCCUGUCCCCGUCCCCGUGCCGGUGGUGGCCGUGCCAGGCCCGGGGGUGGCGGCGGCGCUGCCCAACGGGGCCCCCCCGGGUCCCCCCCCCGUGGCCGACGACAGCAAAACCAACCUGAUCGUCAACUACCUGCCGCAGUCCAUGAGCCAGGAGGAGCUGCGGAGCCUCUUCGGCAGCCUCGGGGACAUCGAGUCCUGCAAGCUCGUCCGGGACAAGGUCACCGGGCAAAGCCUGGGCUACGGCUUCGUCAACUACGUGGAGGCCGGCGACGCCGACAGGGCCAUCGGGGCCCUCAACGGCCUCAAGCUGCAGACCAAGACCAUCAAGGUGUCCUACGCCCGGCCCAGCUCCGCCUCCAUCCGCGAUGCCAACCUGUACGUGAGCGGCCUGCCCAAGGCCAUGGGGCAGAAGGAGAUGGAGCAGCUCUUCUCCCAGUACGGCCGCAUCAUCACCUCCCGCAUCCUCGUGGACCAGGUCACAGGUGUGUCCCGGGGCGUGGGCUUCAUCCGCUUCGACAAGCGCGUGGAGGCCGAGGAGGCCGUGCGGGGGCUGCACGGGCAGAAGCCCCUCGGGGCCGCUGAGCCCAUCACGGUCAAGUUCGCCAACACCCCCGGGCAGAAAUCGGGGGGGGCCCUGCUGAGCCUCUGCCCCGGCGCCCGGCGCUACGGGGCCCUGCACCCCCCCCCGCAGCGCUUCCGGCUCGACAAUUUGCUGAACGUGGCGUACGGGGUGAAGAGCCCGCUGUCGCUGUUGCCCAGGUUCUCGCCGUUGGCCAUCGAGGCGGUGCCGGCGCUGGCCGGGGUGGGCCUGGGGACCCCCGGGCCGGGCUGGUGCAUCUUCGUCUACAACCUGGCUCCCGAGGCGGACGAGAGCGUCCUGUGGCAGCUCUUCGGGCCCUUCGGCGCCGUCAACGUCAAGGUCAUCCGCGACUUCGCCACCAACAAGUGCAAAGGCUUCGGCUUCGUCACCAUGACCAACUACGAGGAGGCGGCCAUGGCCAUCGCCAGCCUCAACGGCUACCGCCUGGGCGACCGCGUGCUCCAGGUGUCCUUCAAGACCACCAAGCAGCACAAGGCCUGAGCCGUGUCCCCGCUGGCGGCCGCCCAGAGGCUGCGGGGUCUCCUGUCGCCGCCGUCGGGGCGUGGGGACCACCCCCGCACCG